CCUUUCCUGUACCUGAGAGGAAACUGGCUGAUUUGUGGAGCUUCCUUUCCCCUCCCCCUCCCCGCUUUUUUUAAUCGUACAAAUAUUCCUAGCCUUUGGGCAAUUUGGGUUGCAGAGAUUCGUUGCAAGGGACGUUGCAUCGCAAAAGGCUGCUGCUAGGACUGAAAGAGAACCUUUUCUAAGUAAGACCACAGCGAUUUCUCUCACCUGGGAAAUGGAGAACUGGGUUCAGGAUCAUGGCCCAGAGAUCUGCGCUCAGGUCGUAGCUUUGGCGGAAGAUUUCUUGCUGAGACAGAGGGAGAACGAGAGAUGGGGGCCGCAGGCAGUAGUAACAAACUUUUCGGAUACUGAGCUGCUUCCAUCAGACACUGAACAGGAACAGAGUUUUAAGCAGGAGGAAGACGAGGAUGUGGUCUCCCUCGCAGGUGAUGGGCAGGCAACUGAGAAUGAGGAAGAGGACAACCUUCAGCUGGAAGAUUCUGAGCCAGACGGGGUGUCCCUGGGUGGAGACACUUGGGACAUCCGUGAGAUGGGGGAGGCGUCUGGAAGUCGCCAGGGUGCCAACAGGCAUGAAAAACGAAAGGACGUCCCUAUCCCUCCUUAUGACCAAGGCCGCUGGGAUCUGAAAGAGCCUAGGAUCCGGGCGAGGAUUUACAACUACGGAGGACUGAAGAUGUGCAUGGACUGUGGGAAAACCUUCAAGCAGAGCUCAAGCUUAUACAGGCACCGGAGGCUGCACACUGGAGAGAAACCAUACGGCUGCCCAGAGUGUGGCAAGAGCUUCAGCCGGAAGUCGCACCUCAUUGCGCACGAGAGGACUCACACAGGGGAGAAGCCCUAUGACUGCCUGGAGUGCGGCAAGAGCUUCAGUCGGAAGUCACACCUCACCACGCACGAGAGGAUUCACACAGGGGAGAAGCCGUACAAAUGUGGGGAGUGCGGGAAAUGUUUCAGCCAGAGUUCGGCCCUCGUGGCCCAUGAGAGGUCCCACACUGGGGAGAAACCAUUCACUUGCCCAGACUGCGGGAAGAACUUCCAUCGGAGGUCGGGCCUUUCAGCACAUGAAAGGACCCACACAGGAGAGAAGCCAUAUAAAUGCACAGAGUGUGGGAAGAGUUUCAGCCAGAGUUCAGGCCUUUUGGCCCAUGAGAGGACCCAUACAGGAGAGAAGCCGUACCGAUGCACCGAGUGUGGGAAAAGCUUCUGUGAGCGCACGGCUCUUGUUAGACAUUUGAGAACCCACACAGGGGAAAAACCAUACACGUGUGCAGAGUGCGGGAAGAGUUUUAGCCAGAGCUCAGGACUUCUUGCGCAUGAGCGCACCCACACAGGAGAGAAACCGUACAAAUGCUCAGACUGUGGGAAGAGCUUUGGGCACCGCUCUGACCUUCUCCGACAUCAAAGAAUCCUUAAAAGAGGGAAGCCAUAUAAAUGCUCCGAGUGUGGGAAAUGUUUUGGCCGGGGCUCCGAUCUCCUCCAGCACCAGCAAAUCCACACAGGAGAGAAGCCAUAUAAAUGCUCCUACUGUGGGAAAUGUUUCAGCUGGCGGUCAAACCUUAUUAAGCAUGAGAGAAUCCACACGAGGGUGAAAACUUACAAAUGUGCAGCCUGAGUACGAAAACUCCCAUCUUUGGGCAUCAGAGAAUCCAUGCAGGAGGGCCAUUGUGGCAAAUGCUCAGACACUGGAAAUCACAUUCCUUGCUUCGUGUCCAUAAAUGUGACAUGUUUGGGGGAGAGCUAAAGGAGAGAAAGAGAGAAAAGAAACCCUAAUUGCAGGAGCAGCUUCAGCAUCUGGUCACGCAUUAUUAGUACUCAGAGAAUCUGUGCUGGAGAAAGCAACAUAUCCCCUGCCCAGUUUAACCUGGAAUUUUCCAUCCAUAACUUUCCAUGGUGUAAUUUCCAGAGAAUCUGGUAUAGUUGCUAGAAACAGUGGUAGAAUUGUAGAACAGGUAGGAAUCGCUGUCAGGACACGUAGCCCUUUGCCCCCAGCUCUUAACAUUAUGUUUAAACCCUAGCCUAGUGAUGAUCUUGAUCCAACAUGUUUGAAUAACGAGUGUGGAGAAAUUCAACUACACCUAUAUGAAUAUAUAUACCUCCUUUUCUCACUGGCCACAAUCCUUAUCAGUCCCAAAUUUCUUAAGAUACUGUUUUCUGAGGCAGCAUACGGAGUGUGGAAAACAUCCAAACCAUAGUUCUGCUUGAAGAAGUGGAUGGGAGGGGUAGGGAGAGAGAGAUUUGAGCAUCAGGACCAAUGUAGACAUGAGGGUAGAUGGAGAGUUUUAAGCUCACUUGUAAAGGUCUCCCCUGUGAUAACACAACAGCGAUCUCAUCUACUAAAGCCCUCCUCUGUUGAAGGGGAAACAAAACCUCACAAUGCUAACUCUUCUUGUUGCCAAUAUAGCGGGGGGGGGGGACCCUAUGCCCAGCAGUCCUCCAAACCUUUCUGUCUGGACCUCACAGUUCUCCCCACGCCACACUCCCUCUCCCCAGGCUGCACCCCUCGCUGGCCUACUUCAUCCUCUCGAGUCUUUUUCUCUGGCUGGCAGAGUGUCCUUGAACUCUGGCCACGACGCUUGCUUGCCUGGAGGAAGGAUCGAGAGGGGGGUGUGAGUGUGUGUAGAAACUAGCCUACUGCACAAAGGUAAAAAUUACGUUCAUUGCUCAGCUUCCUUUUGGCUCUGACUCUGCCCAGUGCUGCCAUGUGGCCUCCAGAAGAUUGCCUCAAAGGCAGUGUAGCCCCUCAAGGUGAAAGAGGUUCCCUGCCCCUGCAAUGAAUAAACACACCCCCUCGAUAGGCCUCAAACCCAAGGCUUUUGGCCUAGAGCCUUUGUACGCCGCAGCCUUUCCCGGCAGUGCUGGCUGACGGAAGUUGCAGUCCGAAACAUCUGGCGGGCCCCAGGUUGGGAAAGGCUGCAGGGUAUUCUCUUGCAGCUCUUUGCCCAAUACCUUUUUAACUUGUGAGCCAGUUUACACAGCCCUAGCUCGGAGUUUGCUGGGCUCACAGAAAGCGGGGAUUUCCUCUGGAAAGCAGGCCGGGGGAACCUGCGGCCCUGCAGAUGUUGCAGAACUCCCAACUCCCAUGAGCCCUAGCCAGUAAGGCCAAUAGUUAGGGGUGAUGUGAGUUGUAAUCUAGCAACAGCAGGUGGGCCACAGGUCCUCCAGUCCUGGGGUAAAGUGACCUUUACUGGUUAGCGAUGUCGGCGUCCCAAGGGACAAGAAGUCGCGAAACGUCUGAAAAGAAAGUGACCCAUCUCUGUAUUAUUUUAUUUUUCCAUGGCCUGGUGAGAAGAAAUGGUGAAACUGAGCCACGGAACGCAUUCUCUUUUUCCAAAUGGGCAGUGUUCUCUUUAGAACUGUGUAUUUCUCCAUUAAGGGGAGGGGCCAUAACUCGGUGGGUAGAGCAUCUGUUUUGUAUGCUGAAGGUCCCAGAUCCAGUCCCUGGCAGCAUCUCUGGGUAGGGCUGGGAAUGUCCUCUCCCUGAAACCCUGGAGAGCCCCAUUCUAGGCAGUGUAGAAGACAACACUGAGCCAGAUGGGCCAAUGGUCUUCCAGCAUUCCUAUGAACUGUGUUAUCCCCCUGCCCUGCUGCAUGUCAGGCAGGUUAUUAAGCAGGGGUGGUGUUGAGGGUUGGCUUGGCUGGGCACCUGCCAGUGUUCCACACCCAGAAAGGGGACCCACUGAUUAGAGCCCCUAGACCUCCUUUUCACCACUGAAGGCUGUUUGCUUGUUCACCUCUAACUUUGGCCCAGCCAACAGUAGUGGUGAGAUGGAGGAACAGGAGAUGCCACUGUCUGCUUGCUCAUUGGCUCUCUGCCUGCCAGGUGAGCAAGUGGAAGCCAUGAUGAGGAAGAGGAGUAGCUACAGCUGGUGAUAACAUAGGAAGGUGCUUUGUACUGAGUCAGACCAUUGGCCCACCUAGCACAGUAUUGCCCACACUGACUGGCAGCAGCCGUCCAGGAUUUGAGGCAGGGGACAUUCUCAGCCCGAAUGGAGAUGCUGAGAAUUGAAAUCUGCAUGCAAAGCAGAUGCUCUGCUACUGGAGGUGGGGGCACAGAGGGUGUCUUGCCCAAGGACCCUUCAAAAUCUGGAAGCCAGAUUUAAGCAGCAAUGUGGGGUGGGACAUUUUCCGGUAUAUUAUUUCCCAUUUCAUAAGUUUAUUAGUAACAAUGAAGGGGUGCCAACUUCAGAGGCAAUUUAUUAGGCAAGCUUGGCAGCUUUCAGAGUUUUUAGCUUUUGUUUACUAAAUCCUAGUGCAAAAGGAAUUAGAUCACUCAGGCAGGGGAACCUGGUGCCCUCCAGAUGUUGGACUUCAGCUCCCAUCAGCUCUAUCCAGCAUGCCCCAUGAUCGGGGAUGAUGGGUGUUUGGAGUCCAGCAAAAUAAAAUCUGGAGGGCCACAGGUUCCCCUUCCGUGCUGUAGGGCGUUAGAAAUUUUUUCCCAGUGGGGAAUCCCUGAAGGAGGAAAACAGGCCUGCUCUCCCAACCUAGAUCCUUGGGUUCACGGGCUGAGAAUUAAGGUUAUGCAUGUGUGCAUUUGUGUUUCUCCAGGGCUUUCCCAGUUACAGUCCCUUUGCCCACACUCCAUAUCAAUCUUAUAAAGCACUAUUGGGACUGUGGGGCGGAAGACAGGAGAGCCAACAGUAGAUGGAACCGGAGCCUGGGACAGGCAGGCCAACUAAUUCUAGCGUUGGCCCCAUCCUCCUCUCCGCUGAGCUGGUUGUAAGUAAGAAGGCAGGUGGGUGGAGGGUGGCUGAGGGCAGACUGAGGUUGGUGGGGCAGUGCCCUAUUUGCCCUCAUGGCUCAGCCUCCACUGGGUGUAUUCACUUUGCCCUCCUUUCCAUUCUGUCCAAGUGAAUGUACGAAGGUCCAUUGCACCCCCUUUUCCCACUUGGCCUAAUCCCCAUUUUUUAAAAAAAACCUUAAGCUAGUCAUUGCAUCACGCGGCCGUGAGUUCCAUAGAUUGAAUUUUGCAUUGCGUAUGUGAAGAAGACCUUUCGUCUGUCCAGAAUCUCCUGCCAAUCAGUUUCAUUGGGCAAUCCAGAAUUCUAGUGCUGUGAAAGAGGGAGGUGGGGGAAAUGAUCCACUUUUCCCACAGUGCAAUGCUAAACCAUGGUUUGGUCUCAGUCUCACACAUUCCCUUAUCGCUCAGGGUAACUCCCUUCUUGGUUUGUGGCACACAGUGGUUUGCUGCAAAGAUGGGGAACCUGUGGCCCUCCAAAUGUUGUACUACAGCUCCCAUCAUCCCUUGCCAUUGGCCGCACUGGCUGAGGCAGAUGGGAGCUGGAGUCCAGCAACUUCAGGCUGGCAACAGGUUCCCUCCCCUGGGUUAGAAAAUCCACACGGGAUGGCCAGCCUGCAGAUAAACAGACGUUUUGAGUUCCUUCUUGCAUUUCAUAACCUACAGCGCAUCUCUAUACAGUGCAUCUGUACAAAGCAUAAAGGAAGGGCCAUAGCUCAGUGGCAGAGCAUCUGCCUUGCAUGCAGAAGGUCCAAGGUUCAAUCCCCUGCAUCUCCAGGUAGGACUUCCUGUCUGAACCCCUAGGGAGCUGCUGCCGUCAGUGUAGACAAUGCUGAGCUAGAUGGACCACUGAGUCUGACUCAGUUCAAGGCUGCUUCCUAUUUUCCUAUCUUCCCACAUUCAUGGGAUUAACAGUUCUCAUUCCAAAAGCUGGGAAUUUGAGUGAAAUGCAAUUCCCUGAACAUACUUCUCCUUAAAAAAAGAUAUGUAACGUUUUAUGUUCAUAUUGGCUAGGACAGCCUUUGCCAACCUGGGGUCCUUUGGACCAUAACUCCCAUUGGGGCUUAUGGGAGUUGUGAUCUAAAACGCCUGGAGGGCACCAAGUAUAUUUAAUGUGUGUCUUUAACCUGGAUUUUCUUUCUGCGCCAUUUGUAAAACAUGCUACCUCUUGUUCCAUCUCCUCAAGGGAAAAGUGUGUGUGUUGCAUAUUUUAAAAAUGUAUUUGUCAUGCCUCUUUCCAUAUAUCACUUCAACUUUUAUUCUCCCUUUUCAUAGGAAGCUGUUUCACAACCGCUUAGAUAAUCGAUCCCUUGAGCCCUGUAGAGGUGCAGGUUUGGGGGGAAUCCGCAGAUCUCCUGUCCCUUCUGUCCUUUUUUAAGAAGUUGUGGGCUUUUUUGGUCAUGAGCCUGUACUCGUGUUUUAAUUCCCUAGCAAUGCCCCUGGAGCCCAGUCUUGUCUAGUGUGGCUGAGAGCAGCUCUCUGUAGGCUCAGGCAGAGAGAGGGGUCUUUCCUGCCUUGAAAGCUGAGAUUCUUUGAACUGGGGAUUGUUUUGCAUUGCAAAACGUAUAAAGCUGCUUUGUACAGAGUCAGACCACUGGGCCAUCGAGGCCAGAAUUGCCAACUCUGAUUGGCUGCAGUCCCGCAAGGGUCAAAUGGCACAGGGGGGCUUUGCUAGCCUUGAAAACCGGGAGGCCCUUUUCAACCGUGGGUGGGGAGCCUCAGGCCUGGGGUGCGAAUGCGGCCAUCAAGCCUCUCUAGUUGACCCAUGGAGCUCUCCCCAGGCCUCACCCCUUAUUGGCCAUGCUUUGCACCCCAACUAUUUGGAACAGUUGAACUGUGAUCAUGCCUCAUCUGCCUGGAUGGAGGGGACAGAUGAGCUGUGUGUGUGUCUGUAGAAACUAGUCUACUGUACAAAGGCAAAAUUUGCAUUCAUUGAUCCACCUACUUUUGCAUCUGGCCCUGCCCACUACUGGCACAUGGCCCUCAGAAGGUUGCCCAGGAGGGAAUAUGGAAAUAAGUUCCCCACCCAUUUCAAGCAGAGAUGCCAAGAAUUAUGUCUGAACAUGUUGCAUGCAAGAAUGUGCUCUACCACGGAGGUGCAGCCCCUCCCCCCCAGUGCAGCUAUCUUAUAUCAAAUCAGAUGAUUGGUCCAUUGAGUCCAGUGCUAUGGGAAGCCGCCAUAUACCAAGUCGGUACAAUAUGCAGCAGGAUUCCCUGCAUAUCAGAUGCAAUCAACAGUAAGACUAGUAAUGUAUUGCAGCAGAAAAACAUCUGGAAAAGGUCAGUGCACAGGACAAUAGACCAUAAUGCUGUCAGACAACUGUUUAUAGAUCCUUUUUGACCAUUAAGACUUUUUCAAAUAUGUCCCAAUUAAUCUUCAGUCCUUGGGGAAGGUAUUCCAAACACUCUUCUUCUGGGAAUGUGUCCAAAUAAUUCCUCUUGUGCAUCUGCGGCCAGCAAGAAGUCUUUCAGCUAAGUGGUUUUCUUUUUGUAGAGAGGCUGUCUUCCGAGAUGCAGAUUGGGUUUUCUUGUUGUUGUUACAAAAAUUGGUCAUUCACCCUUCCCAGGAAAACAAGAUUCUUCUGCCUCUGUUUGCAGAAGAGGGCAAACCUCCAUAGCGAGGGAGGGAGCACCAAAACGAUGUCGGCAGCAGUGUUUUGUAAGGAUGCAGGGAGUUGUCUUGUACUGAGUUUGGUCCAGUUUAGCAUUAUUGUCAAUACCAGGGAAUGGGGGAACCUUUGGUCUUCCAGAUCUUGCUGGACAGCAUCUCCCAUCAGCCCCAGCCGGUGUGACCAAUGGUCAGAGCUGGCGGGAGUUGGAGUCCAACUACACAUGGAGGCCACCAGGUUCUCCUACCCAUAGCAUAGAUCAGGUGUGGGAAACUUUGGGCUCUCCAAAUGUUGCUGAACUACAGCUCCCAGCAGCCAUAGCAAGUAUGGCCAAUGGCUGGGGAUGAUGGGAGUUGCAGUUCAGCAACAUCUGGAGAGCCAAAGGUUCCUCACACCUAGUAUAGACAGUGGCCCUCCAGAGUCUGAGACAAGGAUCUUUCUCAACCCUACCAGGAGAUCUUGAGGAUUGAACUCUGGAUCUUUUGCAUGCAAAGCAGAUGUUCUACCCCAGUUUCAGUAAGUGUAGCAAUUGUCAUGCAAGUGACACCUGCUGAAAUUCCUUCUUGUGCAUAUCUCUUGGAGGUAAAAGAGUCCUUUCCUCUUUCAUCUGAGCACCAAAACGUGGAUGUUGUACCAGGGCACCAUUUUAGGAAAAGUCAUUCCCUACUGCAAGAGGGUGCUUGUGGGCACCUUUUUAGUUGCUGAAAAUAUUUUCUUAGGGCCAGGCUGGGUUAUUUUGCUGCCUGAGGCCAGAGCAGCACUAGUUGUGCAUACCAGGCAACCACACCAUACAAUUGCAGAUUGUUGGUAUGAAGGGGGGGUUGAAUUCAGCAUCCUGAGAAUUUCCAGCUUCCUUCUAUUUUUAAAAUGUUACUAGCCCUUAAGGUUUCAAAGGUAGACAUGAAGCAAUUUGGCAAUGCCUGAUGAGACAACAGAAGUGGGGAGCAUUGAGCAGGGUUUCUGGGGCUUUGUUCACCUGUGCAGCCCCUUCCCAUAAUUACCAGAAUGAAUGAUGCAAUAGUAUGCAAACAUGUGCUCUAUUUGCGUAAAUUAUACUGGUCCAGCUUUUCUUAGCAUAGGAUUUGCAAGACUUCAGUUGCUGCAGAUUUUUAUAAAAUAAUAUUUAGCAUGAAGUUUAUGCAGGCCUGGUUUGGUGGUCCUCCAAAGUCUGAACUUAACAAAGGACAAUCUUUGACAAUCUGGUACAAGCUGAAGCUCCAGAUGGGGCAGACUAACAGGGCCAGAUGGACUUUAAGAAUAAUCAUAAGUUGAGCAAGGAGGGUGAUCAAAACAAUCUCGACACAAUGGAAGGAAAAUGGAGAGUGCCUGUUUGCUGUGUUUUGGGAACCACAAGUGGGGACAAUAGUGCUGUUGCACUUAGAUCCUGCUUGUGGGCUUCCCAUCAUCCAGUUGGCCACUGUGGGAACAGGAUACUGGACUAGAUGGGCCAUUGGCCUGAUCCUGCAGAGCUCUUAUGUUCUUAUUCCCACUUAACUGCAGGCACUUCAGUCAAGCUUUUUAAUGAGAAUUCAUCCUAACUUGUUUGCAUUGAGAUUAGAUUGCCUUGCGUCAAAGCAAGUGUUAUUUUACAUUUUCCAGUGCACUUCCCUCUCAUGUUCCUUAUCGCAAAAGGGCUGACCUUUUUGGGAAGCGGCUUUGUUGAGCAAGAGCUCCCAAGCAACUUUCAUUGCAGAGCCUGAAUUUGCCAGUAUGUGAUUGAACCCCACCUGCAAAAGGGCGACAGUCUGGAAGUACCCUGUGAGAAUUGGUCUCUUCAGUGUUCUGUCGCCAUGCGAGAUCCUCUUGUUUCAGCUGAGUUUUGAUGGACUGGGGGGGGGGGA